AUGAGUAGAAGUAAAUAACCAAAUUAAAGAAAAAUUUAAUUGUUAGACCUCUUUAUAUUUAUAUGUUAAGAACAGUGUAUAUAUUAUGUAUUUAUUAUGUAAAUCAUAAUAUCAUGAACUAAUUAUAAAUCAUUUCGACUAUAAAUAAUAUAAUUACAUUAAAUUUGUUUAAACACUUGUAAUCAAAAUAAAUACUGUGAAAUCAUUAUAAAUUAAUGUUUCGCGCGCAAAACAGAAACUAAAAUUUUAUCUGAUUGGGGCACCUCCCAGGAUGUUAGAUCUUAUAAAAGUUAAAUUAGCAAUUUAUUUCUUACCAACUCCUAAAUGUUCUUUAACUUGUUUCCAUGCCAUUGUCAUACUAAUUAACAACUUAUUAUAAUAAGGUAUAUACACUAAUUACAUUUCGAUUCGCACGUUCGUUGUGCGAACAAAAUACAACUCUUUUAUCUUGACAUCUAACACAACUGCAACACGAAACAGGAUGGCCAGUACUUAAAUGUUAUCACGGUGAUGAGAAUACGAAGCAAAUACACCACGAAAUAUACCCUAGCUAAUAGAUAUUCAAACGAAGCGUACAUUUUCUCACAUUAAAAGCCGCGAAAAGUGGAAUUUUUUAAACUGAUCUUAUCAUAUUCGCGAUAGUUUACAGUAAAUUCGUAUAAUAUUUGCAGUUAUUUAUUUUUGUAUUUGUAAAAUGUUCAAUGCAUAAGUAAAAAUAUAUCAACAAAUUAAAGUCGUAUAAAUAUAUAUAAUUAUAUUAUUAAUAAAUUAUAUUAUACUGAAGAUUAAUUUAAAGGCACGUGCUAAUUGAAAUUUAAUUUAAAUACGUAAUAUUCAAAGUUUGUUUUAUUAUAACAAAAAAUGAAAGUUAUGGUUUCUUUAUUUUUAAUUGAAAUCUUAAGAAUAUUCUCUUGAUUUUAUAAUUUAUAAUUAUGUAUAUAUCUAUCGUAUUUGUGGCGUAAAUUAUUUGUUGUAUGCGUAUAAUUAAAUAUAUGUAUAUGAAUAUAAUAUAUAUUAGAUAUAAUAUAUGUUAAACGCCAACACUGGGUUCAUAGCCAUAGGGUCAUUCAAAAGUUCCUCUGUCUACUUGUAACUUUCUCUCGUGAAUUUAAUGUUUAAAUACAUUUUAUUUAAUUGAUAAAUCACGCUUAUAAAAUUUAAUUCGUUUACAUAAUUUUAUAAAUUUAUUUAUAAUUAACUAGACAAUAUUAAUAAUAAAAUGAUGGGACUUCGUGAACCUGAUAAAUUGACAGAGAACACGUCGUCUAAUAAGUAAGAUAAAAAUAUUUUUAAUAAUUUUUUUUUUAAGUCAAUUUAAAAUUUAUUUAAAUGUUUCCUAUGUAUUUUUUAUGUAUUUUGUUUCUUUAUAAUAUUAUUAUUGUUACACGACUAUUGUGGUCACGUGUAUCCAAUUUCAAGCAAUAUAUUUAAUAAUUUUUAAUAUUUAAUUUAAUAUUUAAAUAUUAUUGAUUUUAUAUAGUUAUGUAUUUUUUCACAUAUACAAAAUUAUUAUAAUUUUGUUUUAUAGCAAAGAAUUUACAUUAUAUGUAAGUGAUUUACCUGAAGAAUUAAAUAAGGUAUGUAAAAAUAAUCUUUUUAUCAUUAUUAGCAUAUAUAUACAUAUAAUUAUUACCUUUUUACUGAUUAAGACUUUUGUCAUAUUUUUAUGAAUUUUAUUUAAAGAUAAUGUAUACAUAGAAAUAUAUAUGAAUGCAUAUAUAUGUGUGUGUAUGUGCGCAUCUAUAUGUUUUAGCAUGGUUUAUUAGAAAUUUUCAACCAUUAUGGAGAAAUCAAAGGAUAUUUUUAUCGUCCAAAUACUAAUUGGGCGUAUAUUACUUAUGAUACAUAUCAUAAAGCGGAAAAUGCUAUAAAAGAUUUACAUGAUGUAUCGCCAUUGCGUUUGAAAGUAUCAUUUGCUAAGGAAAAAACUACAAGUGUAAAAAAUACAAAAAUAUCUGUUCCUAAAGAUGUUAUAGAACAAUAUGAAAAUCAUAAUGAAAUAAAUCUUGCAUUAGAAAAUAAGCAAUUGAUACAACCAAAAGGACGAGGCAAACCCUUAGAUAUAUUUAAGAAGAUUGAACCAAAUCCAGGAUUACCAAAAUACUUCUAUACAGCAGAUAAUGAUUUGUUAUAUCCAUAUCCUUCUGAACCACAUAUAUAUAAUCCAUAUGAAAAUGCAGAACCUUAUGCAAGUACAAAUACAUUGUGGACAAGAGGGCAAUUAACUAUUACUCCAACUGGUAAAAGGCAUGUUUCACUUGGUCGGGGUUAUACGUUGUAUGAAAUCCCAGAUCCUGAUCCUGAAAUUUCCAAUCACAUUAAUAAAGUAUAUGAAAAACGUAUUGCUGGCUUAUAUGAAUAUGGGAAAGAUAUCUUACAAAAUGCAAUUGGUAUAUGCAAAGUUUGUUCAAAAAAGACAAAGUAUACAUGUGAAAGAUGUAAUACUUUUUAUUGUAAUAGAAGUUGUCAAGUGACGGAUUGGCCUCAACAUAAGAUUGAAUGUGAAGCUAUUCCAGCUUUAGUAACGAAUAUGCAUUCUAUGCCUGUAUUACAAUCAAAUAAUGAAGAGCAGAUUCAUAUUAAAAACGUUUCUAAUAUUCAAUUACCUCUACGACGACCAAAAAAAUUAAAUGCAAUAACAAAUUCAAAUGAAAUUUUGAAUGUUGCUUUAGAAAACAAAGAUACAAAUAAUAUAAUCGCAAAUAAUUGUAAUUUAAAUUGUAAUUACACAAAUAAUAAUGAUUCAAAAUGUUUAGAUAUUAAAACUAAUAGUCAAGAAAACUUACAUAAAAGCAAAAUAGAAGGAACAAUAUCUUCUAAGGAAAGUAAGACAUUACACAAACAGCCAAUUGAAAAAGAAAUUUCCAACAAUAUAGCUAAAAGUCUACAGGAAGUAGAUAAUGAAGAAAAUGCUAAAAAAUGGCAAAAGUUUAAUAUUAGUGAUAUUCAAAUAAUGGAAAAUGAUAUAUCAUUUUCUAAAAAAACAUUUUUAUCAAAAACUAAAUUUCAAGAUGUAGUAAUAAUUAUAAAAGAAAAUCAUGAAUGUUGGAUUCAAAAGGUAGAAGAUCUGAAUGCUAUUGCAAAAUUAAUGACUGAGAUACAGAAUGAAGUACAAAAAGCACAAAAGGUGGAACCAAUAGUUGGAAAUAUUUAUGCUGUAGAAUAUGAAAAUGUAUGGCAUAGAGCUAUAGUUACUUGCUUAAAUCCAAUAAAAGUACAUUAUAUAGAUUAUGGCAAUGAUGAAUUUGUUGAAACAAAUGAUUUUCGUAAAAUUGAUAAAUAUGUGAAAAUUCCAAGAUUGUGUGCUAAAAUUCGAUUAUCUCAAAAAGCAUAUGAAAAAUAUAAGAAUCUCAAAUAUGAGGAUAUAAUAAGUGUAAAAAUGAUAUCAGUUGAUCCUAACAAUGUUAUUAAUGUUGAAGUUAAAAAUGAAAAUGAUAUAUCAACAUCAGAAGUAAUUCAGACAGAUAAUAAUUCAAAACUAAGUACUUCAACUAUUAUAAAAGUUGACAAUAAAACUGUGAUUUCUCCCGAAAUAUCUACCAAUGAUAGUGCAUUAACUUCUUCUAAUAAAAUAAAAAAUAUAAUAAAUACUAUAACUGCUGGAGACACUGGUAUUUUAGAAAUUCAUGCAGAAAUAAAGAACAAUACUUACAGUAUUACAUUACUGCCUCAUAAUGCAGUACUUGAUUAUGAAAAAUUAUUGAUCAAUUUGCCUAAAGUGUGUGCACAGGCAGCAGAAUGUUCAAAUCAUAGACCAAAAAUAGGAGAUUUAGUAUGUGGUCAAAGAGUUGAUGGAGAUUGGCUUAGGGGAUAUAUUUUAUCUUUGCAACCAUUUUUAAAAAUGGCUAUAAUAGAUGAAGCUAGAAUAAUGUCAAUUAAUAAAACUAUUAGAUGUGAUAAAAUUUUUUCAAAUAUUUAUGCAUUUGGUGCAAUAUUGGAAAUAACUGAUAUAAAACAUAAAUUUAAUGAAGGUGAUCAAUAUGAAUUUAAAGUAACACCGCAAACAAUUAAUUACGAACAAAGUACAGUUAAAAUAGAAAUUUCGAAAGAGCAAUUUAAAACUAAAGCCAUUGUAAAGCCGUGGACACCUAUGCCUGAACAGAAAGGAUUACAAUAUGCUGAAUUGAAAAAUGGAUCUGAGGUACUCCUUACUUCUUAUCGAAGUCACACACUUUUAUUUGUUCGUUCCUUAGAUACUGCAGAGUUGGAACAUUAUAAUUAUGUUAUGCAAAAUAUUGCAAAAUGUGCUCAAACAUGUAUCUCCAUUUUUAAAAGAACCACCAGUCGUGGGGCAAAUGGUAAUAGCUCAAUAUGCUGAUGAGAAUUAUUAUCGUGCAAUUGUUACUAAAAUACAAGAUAAUAAAAUUACAAUUUCAUACAUUGAUUUUGGUAACACAGAAGUUACAAAUAUAAAAAAACUCAAGAUUUUAUCUGAUAAUUUGAAACAGUACUUACAUUUAAUAUUCAAAAAGCUUCGAUCUUGUACAACGAAAGUCAUAUUAAAAGAUGUUUCUAAAGAUGUACCUAUGACAAAAGAAGCAAAUGAUUAUCUAGCUUAUUUAGUAGCAACUGAAGUUCCUCUAUUAUGUACAUUUGAUGGUAUACCUUCCCAAGAUGGUGUAUAUCUUAAACUUCAUAAUGAAAAAACUGUUAACAAAAUAAUAAGUGAAUUACUCAUGCCAACAACUAAAGAAACUUGUGAAGAAGAUAAAACAUGUUAUAUGAUGGAACAUUUAAGCAUUGUUGAUUUAGGAAAAGUUGGUGAUGUUGUUGAAGGAUUUGUGUUGUAUUCUGUUGAAGAUGGUUACAGAUAUGCAAUAUGUCCCUUAGAUUAUGAUCUAAUGACACAUGUUUUUGAUAUAAUGCCAAAAAAGAUGACUACGUUUUGCGAAACAACUUCUCAUUAUAUUCCUCGUGAAAGUGAACUUUGUCUUGCUCUUUAUGCUGAUGAAUGGUAUCGUGGUGUAUGUUUAAGUCCUCGCCAUUCAUCUACAACAAGUAUUAUAUUUUUCGUUGAUUUUGGAAAUACUGAGAUUGUUAACCAUAAAGAUAUACGACUUAUGCCAAAAGACUUUAUAACUCCAUGUGCGCUUGCAAAUAUUUGCAACAUUGUCAAUAUUGCACCUACUGACAAUAGUGGACAAUAUUCUUCUGAAAUAGAAAAACGAAUUUCAGAAUUAAUUAUUCCUGAUAAUUGUAUCAAAAUAAAAAUUGUUGAUUGUGAGCUGGAAUCCAAAAUAUACAAUGUAGAAUUACCAUUAGUUAAAGCUAAAUUAAUUGAAGAGGGUUUAAUAUCCUCUUGAAAGAAUACGCAAAAGAUUAUGCAAUUAUACAAAAGAACAUUUUUUUUUUAAUUAUUAUGCUUAUUUUUUAAUUUUUAUUAAGCUUAAAAUUAAGAUAUUUUGUUAAAAUAGUUAAUAAUUCUUUAAAAACAUUUUUAUAUUUCUUUUAUUAUUUAACAGUUUAAAAAUUUGAUAUCAAAAAUAUGUUAAAUCUGUCAUUUAUUCCAUAUAAGAUUAAAACGUUUUAAAUAUAUCUUUUUAUAUUUUUAUAUUUUGUUAAUAUUUUAUUUUCAUUCAUUAUCUUCAUGUUCAACACAAAAAAAAAUGUAAUAUGAAAUAUAACAUGAAUAAAUGUUGAAAUGGAAA